ACCUGGUAUUUGAUAACAUCGACCGCCCCGCCUCCUCGGCCAGUACCGCCUUCUCGUUGGUCGAGCUGGACCUGACGCAAUCUGCAAACAGCCUUUGAUUGGCUCGCCGGAAAGUCGCUCAAAACUACUUCCCCUUGGCAACCGAAGCGACCCGGGCAGCAGCUGCCGCAGAGUCAAUGUCACCAUCUGUCGGGAAAGGGAUGACUCUCCGAGGAAUUUCCCGAGAUUUACCCGACAAAUACACGAAGCUGCGGUGGAUGGGCUCUAGUGUUUUCCAUUGUUGAAGUGCAUGAAGAGGCUGCUGAUGCCAGCAGCGUCUCCAGCAGCACUGCGCAAAGCCCCCUCCGCGAUCCUCGGGGAAAAAUCACCUGCGUCUUCGCCCGAGCGUCGAAGUCUACGAGCGCUGGUCGGCCACACACUCGUCUUGAGAUUCAACGAGAUUAUAUCAUGCUGCAAAAUUUGAAGGAAAAAGAUUUGACUGUCAUCGUUUUUGCGGAUGCAACAUGCACUUAAAUCUGAGACGAGUGCUCAUUAUUGGAAAGACAUGACAUAUGGAAAUAGCUGCUAAUGGCUCAUAUAGUUAAGUUCCCAUGAGCUAGGACCCCCCCCCCCCCCACGCCCCCCACCUCCCUGGGAGUCCCCCUGGCAGGAUGACCGCCGUCUGCCCCUCGGAGAGCAGCCCGGAGGGGGCCGAAGCCGGGGCCGGUGCCGCGGGAGCAACGGGGAACAGCUCAGUUUCCGGGGUGGACACCGGGGAGUCCAAUGAAGACUCUGCAGGAGGUUCUGUCGGACGCACGGCGGUCGUAGCCCACGGCCAGAGGUACACGCGCUGCAGCACCCAGGACAGCUCCGACAUCAACACAGAUGACGAAGGAGCCGCCGUCCGCCGCCUUACCCCGCUGGAGAGACUCAACCUGGACAUGUGCCAAGAUGAGAGGGUGGUCCGCGAACUUACAGUGGGCAGAAGAAUCAGCUUCUACAAAAUUCGAGGGGAGAUCGGCUGUGGGAAUUUUUCCCACGUCAAGUUGGGAAUUCAUGCGCUCACCAAAGAUAAAGUGGCCAUCAAGAUCCUUGACAAAACCAAGCUGGAUCAAAAGACGCAGCGUCUGCUGUCCAGGGAAAUCUCCAGCAUGGAGAAACUACAUCACCCCAACAUCAUACGCCUCUAUGAGGUGGUGGAAACGUUGUCACGGUUGCACCUAGUGUUGGAGUACGCCGGUGGAGGGGAGCUCUACAGCAAAAUCACCAUAGAGGGGAAACUUUCUGACAAUGACAGCAAAAUUGUCUUUGCUCAGAUCCUGUCUGCUGUUAAGCACAUGCAUGAAAAUAACAUAAUCCACCGUGAUCUGAAGGCAGAAAAUGUGUUCUACACCAGCAGCACUUGCGUCAAAGUGGGUGACUUUGGCUUCAGCACGUUGAGCAGUCGUGACGAAACGCUCAACACUUUCUGCGGCUCCCCGCCUUACGCUGCCCCUGAGCUCUUCCGGGAUGAAAACUACGUGGGUGUCUUUGUGGACAUCUGGGCCCUGGGUGUGAUGCUGUUCUUUAUGCUGACGGGCACCAUGCCGUUCAGGGCGGAUACUGUAGCUAAAUUGAAGAGAUGCAUCCUGGAAGGCGCUUUCACGCUGCCCUCUUGGCUGCCGGACGCGUGCCAGAACCUGAUCCGGGCAAUCCUGCAACCCUUACCGGGUGACCGCUGCUCCGUAGAACAAAUGAUGGCCAGCGACUGGCUGCGUCACGUUGACUUCCCGCGACCCAUGGAGCCCUUUAAGCUGGAGCCGUCUCACCUGGCCGAGAACGAUCCGUCUGAGCUGGGGGUCGAGGACGUGGAGGUUGCGACGGCGCUAGGCACGCUUGGGAUCACCUCAGAACAUAUCCUCAACAACCAGGGAAAGGACUGCAGGAGUUCGAUCACAGGAGUGUAUCGAAUCCUCCUGCACGGCGCUCACAAGAGACGCGCUGUGGAGCGCAUACCAACGGUCGCGCAGGUCGCUGGACCAAAAGCCACUAAAAAGGAGCGGCUAAAGGUGUACCGCAGUUUCCGGCACACGUCCAAACUCUGUGCGAUUCUGUGACACAUUGCUCCAGUCAACGCUAGAUAUCAUUUUAUAUACAAUAUUCUAUACAGUAGAUAAGAAGAAAAAAAAGUGACUUCAUGUUCAGGAGUAGGCCAAUCCCUUCAAAUCGUGGUAGACUACCCCACUCGGAAAAUGAAAUCUGGGAUUUCUUAUUUUCGUAUUAAUCAUUUAGGAAGUGAAAUUAGUCUCUGUGAGAAUGUUGUUGAAUUGUCUCAUUUUUUGACAGAGACUUGUCCUAAAUCCAAUGAAAAAAAAACGAACAAUAUGAAGUGUGAUUUCCGAAAAUACAUUGGGUCAUUUUGGCUGAAUGAAACAUGAUGUAGCAGAAAAUAUCCUAAAAUAAAAUAAUAAUAUUAAUAAUGCAUGUACAGGACAUACAUGUGUUGCCUUCAGGAUUAGUUUCCCAUUCGCAAUGUCAUUAGAGAUGGUUCUUUGUCAUUUUGCCUGAUGCAUCUCAAAGAGAUGUUCCUCAGCUUCUUGGCCUGUCUGGAAAAGCCAAUAAAUGAAUUGCGAUUUGUUUUGA